UUUUUUUUUUUUUUGCAAAAACUUAAAAUAAAAAAAAAAAUAAAAAAAAAAAAAAAAGUUUAAUUUUCCGUUUUUGUCAAAAAGGGUGUACUAUUUAUAACUAGAAUAUCCGAAUUAUACUCCACUGAACAAGUUAAACGAAAACAACGAACAAAAUAAUAUCAAAUAUGAUUAUCAAGGUAAUUACAUACUAUUACCACUACCACACUUCAACUCUUCUUUCUUAUUGGUGGGAUUUCAUUGCCUCCUUGUUAUUAAUUAAUAUUACAUUCAUUUACACUAAAAAAGUUUGUUACUUUCUUCUCUCUUUUUUUAACUUUACGCUCUCUCUAUUUCCUAAUUGGGAUGGUACUCUGAUCAUACCCUUUCCUAAAUAGGCAUGAUUGCCUAAUCAAGAGUAAAUAUCCUAAACCGGAGGAAACAAUGAGGGGUAAACCUCCAAUUAGUUAUUGUUUACUGUUAACUACUACAACCAAUUAGUUAUACUAACUACUAUAGAAUAAGGUUUUAAUUUUAAACGAUCCUCAAAUCAAUUACAAUCUUAUAGAAUCACCGUAUACGUUGUUCUACGCCUAAUAUGGUUAAUAUCCUUUGGGAAAUAAAUAAUCGUUAUAUGUUACUGUG